AUGUAUCUCUACCGCAUCCACAGGCGGGCAGAAACGUCAUCGAUAAGGAUCCCUGUAGAGGUUAGGAAUGAGGUGUUAGAAUUAGAGAUUAGACUAAUGGCUAAGAUCCGGUUCAAUUCACGAGUAGUGGGGGCGAAGCGAAUUGCCACGGGCGCCUCCGGGCCGCCUGGCACCCGGCAGGAACCGUUGGCCCAGAAAGCAGCCUUCAGAAAGCCUGAAAUUUCAGCCCAGCCCAUCCGCCCUCAGGCAACCGUGCGUACCACCACUUUCCUCCAAGUCUUUCCACGCUUGUGUGAUCUGAUCUAUAACUUCAUUCAUACCAGCGGCAUUAAUAUUUCGCAACUCUCCAAUGACACUCUAAAGAUCACGAGACAGGAGCAUCUCAUCUUCGGCUCCUGGGCCUUGCAGCAUUGUAAAAUUUUCCAUCGUUUGGCAAAGAACACCAUUUCCCCAGUGGGACUAUUGGUAUUUUCUGCACCCAUACCAAUUUCGUUGUACAGAUGGAAAACAGUGAAAUAA